AUCUCCCUUGUAGCCUCUGAAACAAUUAUAGCAUAAUCAUUUUAAUCUCUUUGAUCUCUUGCUGGCUGUAAAGGCAACUCACUUUUCUCUUCUCUUUCUCUGUAUCCUCCACUACACAUGACAAGCUCCUUUAUCAAAUCCCACUUUUAUUUGAUCUUUACCCCUUCUUUUGUUUUGUUUUUUACAUAAACAUAUUUCUUCUUUUUGCCUUUUCUUCACCAUGCUUCAACGCAUAUAUAAUUAUAAUAUUAUAUUGCUAGCUGGGUCCUUUUAAAAAUUUUUAAAUUCGUGUCAGAAUUAAAAUAAUUUUCAAAAUUUAAAUAAAAUUUUCAGAAUUUAAAUAUCUAUGAUAGGUCGUUAGACAAUUCAACACUUUGAUUAUUUUUGCAAAUAUAUUAUAGACGUACGUGGUGGUCCAGUUGAGUCUAUGGAUGACUGACUUGGAGAGGAGCCGUGUUAGAUAAGGAGAGAGAGAGAGAGAGAGAGAGAGAGAGAGAGAGAGAAAUAUUCUAUCUAUAGUUAUCACUGUAUUUUUUGUUUGGUGUAUUUGUCUUGGCUUCAAGCAAAGCUAAGCAUGAGUAUUGAGUUAAGGUAAGGAUGCAAUUUAUGGAAUUGGAGACAAGUCUAAAUUUGAAUUCUUUCUUUUAAAAGGGGAAGAAUUUUUAAGAGAUUUGUUGGAAUUAUGUUGAGCAGUGAAGCUUUUGUUUUUAUUUUCUUGGUUUAAUUAUGUAGCUACUGCUCUACUCUCUCCCUCAGUUAUUUCUUCUCUUUUAGCUAGUUUUAGGACACAAACCCACUUACUCUCGACUUCUGGAUACCCAUUACAAUGAUGUCUGAAGAUGGGUUUUCUGUUCCCUCUUCCAUCAGAGGCUUUGUUCUUCGAGAACAAACUCCAAACCCUAACCCUAACCCUACUGCAAAUCUUGUAAAGAAGAAGAGAAAUUUACCAGGAACACCAGAUCCAGAUGCAGAAGUUAUAGCUUUAUCACCGAAAUCUCUCAUGGCAACAAACAGAUUCAUUUGCGAAAUCUGCAACAAGGGUUUCCAGAGAGACCAAAAUCUUCAACUUCACAGAAGAGGCCACAAUCUCCCAUGGAAGCUCAAGCAAAGAUCAACCAAAGAGGUUCGCAAAAAGGUGUAUAUCUGCCCUGAAAAGAGCUGUGUGCACCACGAUCCAUCGAGAGCCCUAGGUGACCUCACAGGAAUAAAGAAGCAUUAUAGCAGAAAGCAUGGAGAGAAGAAGUGGAAGUGCGAGAAAUGUUCAAAGAAAUACGCAGUUCAAUCAGAUUGGAAAGCUCAUAGCAAGAUCUGUGGCACCAGAGAGUACAGAUGUGACUGUGGCACCCUCUUCUCCAGGAAGGAUAGCUUCAUCACCCACAGAGCCUUCUGUGAUGCUUUAGCAGAAGAAAGUGCACGAUUCACUUCAGUUUCAGCAGCCAUUAAUGCAAACUUUAGAAGCGAUUUGAUCAAUGGAGCUCCUAAUAGUAAUCACCAUCAAUCCACUGGGAUAUCUCAAUUUUCAUCAGUGUUUAGACCUGAAUUUGCCCCUGGAUCCGAGCUGGUGGGUGAUCUUAGCAUUGUUGAUGGGCAAAAGCCAAGGCUUCCAAUAUGGCUAGACCAUGCCAAUCCUCAGAUGAACCCAAUUAAUUCUAAUGCCUUCUUGGCACCCAACUCAGCUUGCUUGCCUGAAUUGGUUCAAACACCACAGAUGAAUACGUUUGGUUCAGCAUCAUCACAAUCUCAGUGGCUCGGUAAGUACCAAGAAGCACCGUUUACAGGUGGCAGCAAUCUCUCUAUGUCGGCAUUGCCACGAGGACUAAAAGAGGAAGAAGGGAACAAAGGAGAUUUAUCUGAAUCUAUAACUUCUUUGUAUUCAAGUAACCAGCAUCAGCAACAAAGAAACUCAGCUCACAUGUCAGCUACUGCACUUUUACAGAAAGCAGCCCAAAUGGGAUCUACAAGGAGCAACCCGGCAUUCAGUACCGGCAAUGGAAUUUCACUGAUGAAUUCACCAUCUCUCUCAAAUGCGUCCAACUUCCAUUCUUAUGACCAAAGCAAAAGUCCUGAAACCCGCAAGUUUCUGAGCAGGCAACCAAAUCAAGCUGCAGAGAACUUUAACGAACUAGCAAAUUCACUUUCUCCUUCAACUCCAGCCCCGUUUGUGGGUGAUUCGAACUCGAGGUCAAUCUUGGGUACUAAUAAUGCCACGAAGAACUUGAAUCAUUUAAUGAUGCAAUCAAAUAGGAAGCAAAACCAUGGGAGCUCCAGUGAAGUGGAGGGAAGUUUAACCAGAGACUUUCUUGGUGUAGGAGGUGAAACACGCAGACCAUUCUUGCAACAAGAGCUAGCGAAAUUUGCAUCGAUGAGUUCAGUGAUGGAUUUGAGCCAAUAUAGUUCUGGGCAUAUAUCGCUAAGUUAAUCCAAUUUCAGAAGGUAAGAUUGCUGCUGUAUUAUACCCGAAUUAUGAAGCUACCUAGCUUAGCUAGGUUUUUUUUUUUUUUUUUUUUUUUUUUCUAUACAGCGUUGUAGAAUAUUAGGUGAAAAACAAACAAAACUGAUGAAGGGACUGAGUACCGAGUUGCACUCCAUGGAAGCAAGCGAGUGAACUCGGUCGAGUUUGAAUUGAGAGACUUGUGAGUGGUCAGGGACGUGGGCGCCACUGCAUGUUGGAAGAGACUUAACAGAAAGAGACAGAUAUGGCAAUCGAUCAAGGGAGGCUGCUGGGACCCUCCAUGUAUGUAGUUUGUAGCUUCUCUCCUGUUUCUUUUUUCUCUCUUAACUUUUUUGAAAAAAAAAAAAAAAUUCUGCUACUCAGAUGAUCACAGAUCACAGGAUUCAGAGCACCCUCUACUGUGAUGGCUCUGAUUCUUUUUAACACUAGACUAAAUAAAGGGUUAAUUUUCGUA